GAUGGCGCAGAACAAGAACGUUUAAUGUUUUUUGGACUUUUCACAUGAGGGGAGGAGAUUGUUGAUGUCUUCAGUAUACAAUUUUCUUUAGUCAAAGCACGGUGCUUCCACUUCGUCUCUCGAGCCAUGUUUGGCAAGUAUCGUCUUCUAGUUCUCCUCCUAGUAGGUCUACUUCUGGGAUUAGUCAUCGUCCUCAUCAUGAGGCCACAGGUGCUAUCCACAAAAUGGAAUGUCUUAGCCGCGAGUGUGGGAUGCCAAGACUGUCCAGCAACAUCACAGAUGAAAGACCAGCGCAACACUCUCUCCAGAUUGCUGAACGAAAUGAAGCAACAGCUCGGACAGACAGAGUGCAACAUGGGAAAAAUACUCAACUCGAGAAAGUUGCAGGUGGCUAGCAGUGGAGGAUGGUGUGAAGAUGAAAGUGACCCCAACAAAACAGACACACACAUGUUUGACAAACAACUGGCCGAGUCUCUCGGUCACUUCCUGUCCGGUCAGCGAGUGGCGAGCUUUGGUGACGGACCCGGACAGUACAAGAAGUAUCUCCUCCAACAGGGGCUGGUCGCCUCCUACGACUCUUACGAUGGGGCUCCCUUCUGCGAAAAAGUCACAUCCGGGGAAGUCAAGUUUCUGGACCUGACACUUCCGCAAUAUGGACUUCCGGUGUACGACUGGGUGAUGUGUCUGGAGGUGGCGGAGCACGUGCCUGCACGAUACGAACGUGUGUUAGUCGAUAACAUCGCGCGACAUGCGCGGAAGGGCAUCGUGCUGAGCUGGGGUCACCCGGGUCAAGAAGGAUUUCAUCACGUGAACAACAAGAGCCCUGAAGACGUGAAGCGCCUGCUGGAUGAGGUUGGAUUCACCUUGAAUGACAGGGACAGUGUGUCACUCAGAAAAAAUUCCACAUUUGACUGGUUUAAAGCCAACAUUUUCGUGUUUGAAAGAAAAUCUGACUUUAUCAUGAUGAAAGAUAAUGAAUAGAUAGGUUAGUUCCCGCAUGAGAAAUAAAGAUAGUAUCCUCCCCCCAGGUGAUGUGAGGUGGAAUUUCAGGUUGACAAAGAUUGUAAUGUCGUUUUCUAUUAAAAUAGAAUGUAAUCUUUCUCCUCUAUGCAUAAAUAACAGAGAAAAAAUAAAGAUAACGAGAAAAUCGACAAGGGCAGGCAAACAGCGAUCUUCGAAGAAAAAAGACUUGGGAGCAUAAUCUCAUUCUCUGCAUUUCGUUUUGAACAUUUUCGUAACUCAGCAUUUAUAUUUGUCUUGCAUAAUUUUAAAAAAUAAAUCAGAAUAUGGCGAUAA